AUGUGCAGAUCAUCUGGAAGUCGGCUGCUAACACGACCGUCAGCGACUCUUCUCGCUCACAAUUCGUUCCACGCUUCGAUGCCUAAGGACUUUUCGAUCGAAGCGAUUCUGAAGGUUGACGAGAAGACGACGACUUUCCGGCCUCGCGUUUUUCUUCAAGGAAACACCCUCUGGAGAAGAUUCCACGAGCUCGGAACCGAGAUGAUCGUCACCAAAAGUGGCAGGUUUCGAACAGAAAAAUAAUCUAGGGCUUUCGCGCAACCAACUUUUGGAGAAAUGUGUCAAAUGUUUUCUUUUCGUUUCUUUUGGCUCUUUUUUUAGUGCCAUGAGAAUGAAAAUAGGGCGCGGCCCUUAUUUAUAUAGCAGAGAAAAGAGAUGAGAUAUAAUUCUUUGGGAACUCAGGAGAAUGUUUCCAACGCUUUCUGUCGUGAUAGUCGGACUGGAUCCAGCUCAGACAUAUGUACUGAUGGUGGACCUGGAGUGUGUCGACAAUCGUCGGUAUCGCUACUCCUUCCAUCAGAGUCGAUGGACGGCCACGGGACCCGGUUUUGGUCGAAAUCUUCAUUUGACUUGGAAAGUACUGGUUCAGGAGAAAUAGAGCUGCCGAGUCGGAUGUUCGUGCAUCCUGAUAGCCCAGCGACAGGAGCUCACUGGAUGAAGAGCCCUGUCAGUUUCGACAAGAUGAAGCUCACCAACAAUCAGCUUGACGAACACGGCCAUGUUCGUUCGCUUUUUGUUGUUUUGAAGGGGCCGUCUACUUUUUUUUUUUACUAAGAUUUCUUCUUAGUCUAAGAAGCCUUUUCCAUUUAAUCCCCAAAUCAGUUUUUGUAUAUACGAACCUUUAGUUCUUUUAGUUUCCCAUUUUCUAACCUAAACGACUUUUUUUUGAGCUGCAUGAGUCAAAUCUAGUAACUUCAUCAAUCAACUUUGUCAUAAUCAGUUUCUGCUCGAUAAAAAUGAGCGAUGAAAAUCUUCAGAGAGAGUAUACCACCAAACUUGACCUUUCUUCAGAAUAUUUUUUAGAUCUACCGCUUCACUCAUUCUCUUUCAGAAUGUGACGGUUCAGAUAGUUUUGAAAAGCGAACAACCGAAAAAAAAAACAUAUUUAUGACCUAAACUACAAACUACAAUAAGAAUACUCGUAUCCAUCAAAAAAAAAUGGAAGUUCAGAUUGUGGUCAACUCGAUGCAUCGGUACCGACCGCGGAUUCACGUUAUCGCCGACGAUGACACUCGCUGCGUUUUCAGCUUCGAGGAAACGUCUUUCAUUGCCGUCACAGCCUAUCAAAAUCACAGGGUUUCCUCUUGAACUUUUUUUUCCAAACACUGAGCUCCUCUUCAGACUAAACCAAAAUUUUCUUUCAGAUAACGACGCUGAAGAUCGAGUCGAAUCCAUUCGCCAAAGGGUUCCGCGAGUGCGAGCUCGACGACAGCCGAUUCUGGCCUCUCAUUCUGCCGUUUCUCACUUUUAACAACGGUCCUAACAUUUGA